AAUCAUUGACGUUGAGAUUGUCAAAUACUUGACAAAGUGACGACACGUGUCUCCCUAUUAUUGGCAAUAUAUUUGACUGAUGCACUAUCUCAAAGAGAGAGAUAAAGCGCAUUAGAGUUUUGAGUUGACUCGCCCCUUUCAUUUCUUUUUAUCGGUGCUCAUCAUUAUCAUCUUCUUUAAACAACUCCAACGAGUGGUGUGUUUGUUGUGAGAUAUGGCGGUGGAACUCAUGAGGAACAGCUACGGUGGCGUUAGAGUCAAAGGAGAAGACGACGGCGGCUUUUCUGCAAAUAUGGAAGACACCGCCCUGAGAGAAGCUGCGUCUGCUGGGAUUCACGGCGUUAAGGAGUUUCUUAAACUAAUUAAUCAAAAAAGUCAACCGACAGAAGAGAUAACGGCGGUGACUGACGUCGCCGUUAACAGUUUCAAGAAGGUGAUAUCACUUCUCGGUAGAUCUAGAACCGGACACGCUAGAUUCAGACGAGCACCGGUUACGACAAAAACCAAAGAAGGAGGAGAUUGGAAGACGGAGGAGAAGCCAGCAACAAGCGCCGUCGUGUUAAACAGACAGAAAACGGAGCAGAACGGUGGAUCUGCGUUUAGAGUUUAUUGUCCGACACCAAUCCAUCGACGUCCUCCUUUAUCACACAACAACAGUCUGAUAACAAAGAACGGUUCGUCUUCUUCGGCUAACAACGGAAGACCACAAGAGCCAUCAACGAUAAACUUCGCGCCGUCACCACCUGUCUCCGCGGCGAACUCGUUCAUGUCUUCUCAUAGAUGUGACACCGAGAGUAACCAGAUGUCUUCAGGAUUCGAGUUCACUAACCCAUCAUCCCAAAUCUCGGGUUCGAUUGGUAAGCCUCCUUUAUCAUCAGUUUCGUUGAAGAGAAGGUGUGACUCAUCUCCCUCAAGUCGUUGCCAUUGUACCAAGAAAAGGAAAUCUAGAGUGAAGAGAGUGAUUAGGGUUCCUGCCGUAAGCAGCAAGAUGGCUGAUAUACCAUCUGACGAAUAUUCAUGGAGAAAAUAUGGUCAAAAACCAAUCAAAGGCUCUCCUCAUCCUCGGGGAUAUUACAAAUGCAGCAGUGUAAGAGGUUGUCCGGCGCGUAAGCACGUGGAGCGUGCACUCGACGAUGCGAUGAUGCUUAUCGUGACUUACGAAGGAGACCACAACCAUGCUUUGGUGCUCGAGACGCAUCAUGACAAAACUCUUUAACUUUGGUCGUUGCGGCCGUGGAAUCUUAGCCGUUCGAUCUGAGUUGGAAGUGACCCUACUCUUGUUUCUGUCCGAAAUCCAGAUUAGUCAACGACAGAGUGGGCCUUAGUCUGCACUUUUUUAUAUAUAUAUUUAAUUUUUUUUACAAAAGCUUUUGCUUUAUUUUGCUUUAAUUGGAGAGAAUAGGGGGCAAUCGUUGUGGAUCUUGACUCUUGAUGCAAGUUGAACCAUGUGAAAGUCCUUUUCCUUUUGUUUAUUUAUUCUAAAGAUAAUAGCACUA